AUGUCUCCCAUGGAAGUCCACACCGGCCUCUGGUGGCAUAACGCCUUGCCAGCGCUGAGUCGCUGGCAACUGACACUAACAGACAACCAAGCAUUCGCGUUCAUGGCCGUUGUCGCCAUCUUCGUCGGCUUCACCCAGACGCGUUUCUGGAUCAUCUUGCAGCACGCUCUCGACCGGUGGGCUGGGCCACAGCUGCAGCUUCCUGGCUCAGAGCGACCGAUCAAGAAACUCUCCCAGGCCCAAGCAAUCGCUCGACUCCUACGCUCAAGCCGCCAUUCGGUGACUACAGACAUGCAUUACGUUCCCCCAAGUUGUGGCAUAGCUGCAAUCAGCAACAUCGUCGGAUUUCUUGCACUUGGAGCUCUAUUGCCUUGGGGUUUGGGCGCAAGCGUCGAGACACCCAUUGUGCAGUCCAGCACCAACGCUACACAGUGCCAGGCGGGAUGGACGAAUCCGCAAUCUCGCUUCAGAGGUGCUCAACUGGCGCAAAGUCUCUACUCGCAGUGCUGGGCGGAGAAGGCCAAUUCGUACUACCAAUGCAGCAACACAGUCGCUGGAAGCCGUCCAAAAGUGGUGGUCAACGCUAAUGUCUCUUGUCCAUUUCCAGGCGACAUCUGUCAAGCAGCUCCCUCUCCCAUCAGCUUGGAGCAUGACCUCUCAGCAUCUGAUCUCGGCGUGAACACCAAGGCAGACUACCGCAUCAAACACAAAUUGACGUGUGCGCCAUUGAAAACGGACGACUUCAUCGCGAACUCCUCCGACCACGGACCCUUCUUCUUCAUCGGCGACCCCAACUGGAGGAAACCCGACCCUUCCAUAUCCUUGGAAACCUCAAACGGUCCAAACCGACACUCGACUGCAUACUCCGGCCCCAAAGUCACCACGGGAAGCGGUUUCCGCGUCAAGACUCUGCUCAUUCCCGACCAACGUCCUGGUCGCCAGCACGUCCAUGUCAACAACAACUCCUCACACAGUCCGCUACAACUCCAAUUGCACCCCAGCCUUCGACUCCGCAUCGCCCAAGUCUUCGUGGUAACGUUACGGGCCGGAGGCACAAAGUACAUGUCGCCGCUCCGGGACCCGCUCUUCGCCUCGCACGACGUCACCCCUCGCCGAGGGUUCAACCUGUCCGUCCCGGACUUCGAGCUCACAGCGGUGGGCUGUGCGGAGCAAUACACAGUUUGCAACGGCCACCCCUACAACGACUGCGAAGCGUGGCACAUGCCCAACCGCCUGCAGAGCAGUCCGUGGCUGCAAUCUCUGCAGCAGAAGCUGGUCGAGACGCGACAACAAGCCACUGCCGACGACAUCUUCCCCGUCCUCAACCGCUUCCGCGAGACCGGCAGCGUCGACGCCUAUUUCGCCGCCAUGGGCGGGGAGCCCAAACUGCUCGCCACUCCUCUGCAAUGGGGCAGCAAUGGGUACUUGACGACCCGAUUAUCAGCCAACCAAUGGAUCAAGGAACUGUCGGCAUGGUUCGAAACAUCCUUGUUGUGCGCCCGAAUCGAGCUUCUCGACGUCGCCAAAAGGACCCUGCCUCGGACGAGCUGGGGAUGGCAGAGGCACGACCCCCGCUACCGCCACGAUGUCUGCAACAGGCUCCUGCUUCCCAGUGAAGACCACACCAACAUUGCCUUUACGCCGCUGCUCAUUGCUCUUUCGACUCUUGCGUUUGUGUCCUUGAUCAGCUAUGACCCCGUCCGCAACGCUGCUGGAAACGUCGUUGCCGUCUCCCAACGGCUUCUCGCGUACAUGCGCCUGGCGGUUCGAUCUGCGGCCAGGCUUCGACACCGGGGAAGCCUCAGGAGCUGGGUUGAUCAUUUUCAGGCGCUGCGUUCGUGGGGAGGUGGCAAGACUCCGGCUUCGGCGCAGCGGCACAGCACGUCUCCGCUUGAGUUCGACCCUGUAAGACCAAUUGUUUCCGGGUCGAACGUUGGGCGGACUACUUGA